AUGUUUGCACAGGGAAAACUUGUUAUGUUUUGAGAAUGAGAAAAAGAAGAGAAUAUCGAUUUGGAAAAAAAACAUAAAAAUUUCAGAUUCCCUAUGUGUCAAAUAAUUCUCCAACUCCGUUUAUCGAAGGUCUCAUUGGCCUCGGCGCAUAUUUUAUCGAUUUUCAAACACUUGUUCCAAUAUCAUUAUACAUUACUGUAGAAAUAAUUAAAGCACUUCAAAUCUAUUUCAUCAGCAAUGAUAUCGAAUUAUACGAUGAAAAAAGUGAUCGAUCAAUUGAUUGUAGAUCAUUGAGUAUUCCGGAAGAACUUGGAACAAUUACACAUGUUUUAUCGGAUAAAACAGGAACAUUGACUGAAAAUGUAAUGAUUUUUCGAAAUUGUGCCAUCGAUAAUAUUGAUUAUGGUGGAGAUAGGAUAAAUCCGGAUAAAGCUGUCAGAUCAGAACAAUUGUAUAUUCGAACUAUGAAUUCGAAAUAUCAUCCAAUUCUUCGACAUUUUUUCACAAAUAUUCUUUUGAAUAAUUCGGUUGUCGUUAAUCACAUUCCACAUACCGAUUUAUUAGAGGUAAGUAUUUUUGAAAAAAAAGAGAGAGAGAUUUUCAAUGGUUUAAUUUUCAGCUUGGAAAUUUUGAAGGUGGUUGCUAUAACAUAGGAAAUUCAAGUUUUUAUGAUGUAAGCGAAGAAAAAUAUAAUAAAAUGGUUGAUGCAAUAAAAAAUGGGGAAACGAUUGAUGAAGACGAUCUAAUGAUGAUAAGACCAUCAAAGUAAGGAUUUUUUGGAAUUUUGAAACUCUUUUGUUGCUUUGGCCGAGUUUUCGACAUUUCUCGGUCGUUUGAAAAAAUUCGGCCACGUACUCAAUAAUCUUUAUUUCAGCCUCCACCUAAGCUUCGAUGAUCGUCUUACUGUAAUUGAAGAAGAAGAUACACCUAUACCUACGCCUUCCCCAUAUCCUACACGUUAGUUACUUGUCUUUUUUUUCGAAAAACAACAAAAAUUUCCAAUUUUCAGCUGACAAUAAUGGAAAUUCACCAUCUGACAGCUCACCAACAUCUCCAAUUUAUAGACCAUUAUCCUCAAUAGCAUCAUUUUCUAGAAAAGUUUCAACCGUUGUUCGAAGAAGUAUUCUAAGACCUAUAUCUGAUUUGUGAGUACAUAUUUAUCACUUUCAAAAGUUUAUAUACAUUUUUUAGUAUUCCGACACGAAAAAGAUUGCUAUCCUUGAAACAUGAGGUGAAAAAUCCAUACGAAGCAGAAAGUCCAGAUGAACUUGCAUUAAUUGAAGGAGCCGAAUUAUAUAAUUAUGUAUUGUUGGAAAGAGCUGCCACAAGUGUGACUAUUUCAACACCGGAAAAUGCUGAGAAGCGGUAAAUUUCGUUAAUAUAUUUGUUUCAUUCAAAAGUGCAUAGUUUUUUAGUUACGAAGUUCUGCUGAUUUUACCAUUUGAUGCAACUCGGAAACGAAUGUCUGUAAUAGUUCGAACUUCAAAGGGACCAUUAUUAUAUUGUAAAGGCGCGGAUUCGGCGAUUAUGUCUAAUUUGAAUGAUGAUUCUCAAGAAGAUCAACGAGUUGAAAGUGUUAAAAAACACGUGGAUUCUUAUGCUGCUAAAGGAUUGAGAACACUUUGUUUUGCAAUGAAAUAUAUAAGUGAGGAAGAAUUCGAAAAUUUUGCAGAUUCUUAUCGAUUUGUAAGUUUUUUGAAUCUGUAGCGCUACAGUUCUUUUUGAGUUAUUGUAGAUCAUGGAAGAUCCUUCAACCGAACGUGAAAAUAUGUUGAGUGAAAAAGCUGGAGAAAUAGAAAAGGGAUUGACGCUACUUGGUGUGACUGGAAUUGAAGAUCGUCUUCAAGAUGGUGUUCCAGAAACAUUAUGUUCACUGCGAGAAGCUGGAUUACAAGUUUGGCUGCUUACUGGAGAUAAAUUAGAGACUGCUCAAAAUAUCGCAACAUCAAGUGGAUUAUUUCAUCCAUUGAGACCAAUUCGAGUAAUCGAAAAUGAAUUUGAUGCCGAAGAAACGAGUGAAGCUGCUGGUUGUAAUAUAAUUUUAUCACCAAUUGCUGUCAAAUUAGCACAAGAAAAUAAUGCUUUUUUACUAUCAGCUUUGAAAAAAGCGAAAACUGUAUUAUGCUAUCGAAUGACACCAUCAGAAAAAGCGGCGAUUGUGAAUUUUGUCAAAAAUAAAAUCAAAGGAACAGUUCUUGCAAUUGGCGAUGGUGCAAACGAUGUUCCAAUGAUUCAAGCGGCUCAUGUUGGUAUUGGUUUAGCUGGAAAAGAGGGACUGCAAGCAGCAAUGGCUUGUGAUUUCGCUUUGGCGAGAUUUCGAUUUUUAUCAAGGCUAUUACUGGUUCAUGGACAUUGGUGUUAUUAUCGAUUGGCUACAAUGUUCUUAUAUUUUUUAUAUAAAAACUCGAAUGUGGUUUGCGUCCUAUUUUUAUAUCAAUUUUUCAACGGCUGGUCUGGAAAUGAUUUUAUUGAUCCACUUUGGGGAGUUGCAUAUCCAAUUAUAUUCACAAGGUUAGUCUAUUUUCAUUCAAAAAAAUCAUGAUUUUUCUUCCAAAAUGGGCGUGGCCUAAAUGCUAGUUCCUAAUACAAUUUUUGAACGACCGUCAUAUUUUAUUUAUCUAUGAUGAUUAAAAAUAACCAGAUGCUUUCCAGAUGUUUUUCUGAUAUCUCAAAGAGAAAUUUGUUGGGCCAAGGUCAAAAAAAAUUUUAAAAAAUUACUUACAUUUUCAGUGUUCAACCUGUAUUUGUUGGUGUUUUGGAUCAAGAUGAAACAGCGGAAAAAUUAACAAAACAACCGGCGAAAUAUAAUGUUGGAAGAGAGGUGAGAAACAAGAAAUGAUGCAAAUAAUUUCGCAAUUUGUAUUACGAAAUAUUUACAAAAAAAAACAAAGAAGUUUGAAUUCUGGAAAAUACCACGCUAUUGCUAAACUAGAGGCAGGCGGAGUGUCGUUGAUUUUUUUUUGCGCAAUUCGUGAAUUUUCAGAAUCUCCUUUAUACCCCAAAAUUAUUUGGUCGAGAUGUUAUUGAUGGAAUCUAUCAAGCCAGUGUUAUUUAUUUCGUUUGUCAUUUGGUAGGAUUUUGAAAAAUUGCAAUAUCUACAAUAAAAACAUGAUUUUCAGAGUCUGCUUGAAUCCAGUAUUGGUUUUUGGGAGAUGGGAUUCUAUGUGUCAACAGCUUCGAUUUUUGUGAAUUCAGCACAUUUGGCGGUUCAAGUCAAGUAUUGGGUUAGUUAUUUUUUUUCUAAAAAACUCAAGAAAAAUAUUUUUUCUUCAGCAUUGGAGGCUUGCCGCAAUCUUCCUGUUCUUCAUAAUUCUACAUUUCUCCUACUUUUUCGGUUUCUACACAAGCAUUGCUUAUGGAUUCGUUCCGGAUUCGCCUAUUUUUAUGCCCGAACAUGCUGUCUCAGAUAGCAGGUUUUGGAUCUGCCAAUCAAUUAUCAUUGUACUGUCCAUAAUUCCAAGGUUAGUCAAAGUUAUUUUUGAGAAAUUAGAUAAUUUUGAUUUCAGAUUCACAUCAAUUUGUUUGAUGGAUUAUUUACAUAGUAUGCAAUAG